AUGAAGCCCACUAUAAGAACUCAAAGAGUUGAGCGCUGCCAAGUCGCAGAACUUAUGGCUCCCCCCAAGCGACUUACAGAUGUCGACUAUAAACGCAAAAACUACCAAAACCUCAAAAAAUCCCAAGAAGAGAACAAAAAGAAAAAGGAAGAAGAAGAAACCCGCCCUCAAAAAGAGCCUUUCAAGCUCAGCAGGUUUAAAAAUGUGGAAAGCAUAGUCUAUAAAAACCCUGAAGAAGUAAAAAAGCCAAGAAAAGCUUCAGCGCCUGUUGGUGGGCCACAAGUAGUUGUAUAUGACCCUGAAGAUGAAGGCGUAACCAGGAAUGAUGGUGAAAAAGACUAUGUAAAAGACAAUUAUAAAGCAGCUAUAGUAGAUAAUACAAAAAAUUGGGGGAAUUACAGUACUUUUAUAAGAAAAAUUAUGAUUUAUUCUCAGCUAUAGUCCAAGCUCCUAUUAAGCCUGUAGAAAAGCAGGAAGAAAACGCAAAAGCACUGAAUCCAAAUUAUGGAAAAGUCCCACAAUAUUUGGAAGAUUAUAAAGCGCAAAGAGAAGCCGAUAGAGAAACCAAAAGAAGGCAAGAAGAAGACGCAAAAUGCCCGCCUGGGAUGAGACUUAUGCCAGAAGAAGAAAGGCUAGAAACGCUUGAAAUUCUUCAAAAAGGGAAAGAUGAUGUAUGGAUGCUUAUAAAUAAACUUCCUAUCGCAUCAAAUACGCAGUCUGUAAUAAGAAGGCGUGAAGAGUAUGAAAAAAAGCUGCAGGAGCUUGAAAAUGCAAUAAAAACGUUUUCAAGACCAAAAGUUUAUGUAGCGCUCUAA